AUGCGACUACUCCUGGGAAUCCUAGUCCUGGUGGGUCUUGCCCUGGCCAGGCCCGCCACUUACGACGAGUACUUGGUUCUCGCGGACGACGUCGCCACUGUGGGGUCGCUGCGACGCGAGGUGAGGGAGCCAGCGCCAUCUGGUGGCGUCGCCACUGAAGUUAGGGACCUCCUCGAGGCCGGCGCUGCGCCGAAGAAGAAGAUGAAGAACGCUUCCGGAAAGGUGAAGGAGGGUGGUUACUACAAAACUUAUGGAAACGACGCUGAUGGCGAAAAGGGAUUCAUAAAAAGAACAUACAGCAAGGGCGACCAUGGAUACAAAACUCUGGACACUUUCCACAAACAAGACGGUGAUAAGUACUUGUUCGCAAAGGAAACUGCCUAUGGUAAAGGACGUGAUAGUCAUCAUGGGGACAAACAUGCCAAAAGUGGGUCCUACAAGGAUGGGGACGAUGGAAAGGACCACGAAGGAGCAGGUAAUACAGACUUUAUAAACAUCAUUAUCAAUAAACAUUUACUAAAUGAUAAGCAAUAAUCAGCGGAAGUGUCUGGAAAUCACCGAACACUGUCACAAUUUUAAGGCCGAACAUCACUUGUUGUGGAAUCGCAUUGUUGUUUGUCAUAUGACAUCAAAGACAAUCGGCUUUUAUAUCACUUGUUGUCGAAUCGCAUUGUUGUUUAUCAUAUGACAUCAAAGAUAAUCGCCUCUCACAUCAUUUGUUAUCGAAUUGCAUUGUUGUUUAUCAUAUGACAUCAAAGACAAUCGGCUGUCACAUCACUUGUUGAAUCGCAUUGUUGUUUGUCAUAUGACAUCAAAGACAAUCAACUUUCAUAUCACUUGUUAUCAAAUCGCAUUGUUGUUUAUCAUAAGACAUCAAAGACAAUCGGCU